CCGGGUCGACCAAUAAACAAUGGCAAGUUCUUAUGACCAAGUCAGUAGAGUCUCAGAAUCGAAAAGCCUCAUGGAAGAUAACUCGACCCCCUCUGCCACGGCUUCACCUGUGGCCAAGCCAGUUACCGCCGAGAAACCGGCGGAAGCGUCUACGCCAGUGGCGACUCCCGUCCCCGUCGCAGUCCCUGUAGCCGCCGCGGUGCCGUCGUCGGAACGGUCCGCUUUGUUGCCCGCCAGCUCCAGCGACACCGCCAUUACCAAGUUCAAGCAAAUGGAGAUUGAACGCAUCAACGGAUACCUCCGUUUGGUGAACCUGGUCAUGGGACUCGCGCUGGGUUGGUUGGGAUUGUACCACUUUUACCACUUGAACUCGUACAAGGGCUUCAUGUCGUCAUUGUUUAUCACGGUGCAAGCCUUGCUCAUCGUGUUGUUUGAGCUGCGGGAGAACUUCCCCAAUGCGUCCAAGAUCGUCCACGACUACUUGGGCUUCAUGUACACAGCCUACGGCCGUGGUGCCUUGUUCUUUGUGAUCGGAACGUGGUGCCCCACCCAAGGUCCUUACGGCGUCGCCGUUGGCGUGUGCUUUAUCAUCUUGGCCUUGCUCAACUUCUUCAUUAUUCUCCAGCAUCCUGGGUACAAGAACGCCAUGUCGGUGCGCCAUAUUCGCAUUGAAGAAGGAGAAGAAGACGACGAAGUGCCUCAUUAUGGCACCACUCCCGAGAAGGCCGUAUAAGCACGGCAUUGUUGUGUUCAUAUGGAAAAGCAUGCCCUUUUUCUUUUGUAUGGAGAAAAGUAUCUUUUGUAGCAGCACUUUUCACAUAUGUAGUCCUCGUUUCCGCCACGUUUCUGGGAUGGACAGUCACACUUGGAGGCUGUAUUUCGGCCUACAUUUGUUAAGAACUGCAGCCGCCUGUCCCUGGAUUCUGUAGUAUUUAUAUUCUUAUUCGUGCC